UAGUCUUGUAGGUUGUCCCAUACAUCCUACCGGUGCUUCAUAGCCAUAUAACUGGACUGCAUUGCACAACCAUGGGCAGUGUGUUGGCUGCCAGUUCCCCAAACCCCCCUGCUUCAAGCAGCGGAGGCUCCCAAGCGGGUUCUGGCCUAGUGAAUGUGCCUCCAGGGUUUACCAUGCCCAUGGUACCGUCAUCCCUGGCGACCCCUACCCAGCCUGGCACAGAAACAGAGGCAUCUCUUCCGAACCCGGGCACAUUUGAAGAGUGUCAUCGGAAAUGCAAAGAGUUGUUUCCAGUGCAAAUGGAGGGUGUGCGUCUGGUAGUCAACAAAGGCUUAAGUAAUCAUUUCCAGGUUAGCCACACAAUCACGCUUAGCACUGUUGGAGAAUCUGGUUACAGGUUUGCAUCCACGUAUGUCGGGAGUAAACAGACAGGACCUGCUGAGUCAUUUCCAGUAAUAGUUGGUGACAUGGACAACACAGGCAGCCUUAAUGCACAGGUCAUCCAUCAGCUCACCACGCAUGUACGCUCCAAAGUGGCUUUGCAGACACAGCAACACAAAUUUGUGAAUUGGCAGUGUGAUGCAGAAUACCGGGGAGAUGACUUCACUGCUGCUGUAACUCUCGGCAAUCCAGAUGUCCUUGUUGGAUCUGGUAUUUUAGUGGCUCAUUACCUUCAGUCUCUGACGCCUGCCUUGGCACUGGGUGGUGAGCUGGUAUACCACAGAAGACCUGGAGAGGAGGGCACGGUUACCUCUUUUGUGGGAAAAUACACAGGCAGCAACUAUGUGGCUACACUGACUCUUGGAGGUGCUGGUGCACACGCAUCAUACUACCACAAAGCCAAUGAUCAGUUGCAAGUUGGAGUAGAGUUUGAAGCUAGCACGCGCAUGCAAGAAACAAGUGUGACGUUCGGCUAUCAGAUGGACCUGCCCAAAGCAAAUCUUCAGUUUAAAGGUUCAAUAGACAGCAACUGGGUGGUAGGUGCUACUCUGGAGAAGAAGCUGCUCCCCCUGCCGCUGUCUCUGGCUCUGGGCGCCUUCCUGAACCAUCGUAAAAACAAAUUUCAGUGUGGUUUUGGAGUCACCAUUGGUUAGAUUCACAGCAGGAGCCGUGAAUCUCAGCAGAUCUGCAUCAAAAGCAGACUUGAACUGGUGCAGAGAGACAGGGGGACAUGGACCAACAGCCAAACGGACUCAUUCUCCCAAAAGCACUGCGGUUAAAGCUCACAUGGGUGUACAGACUAUUUACUAUAAAUCAGGCAAAAGUGACAAGCAGCUUGUAUUUGCCAAUCCACAUCAUGUGAAAGAAACAGUUCAUAAUCAAGAAAACAUUAAAACAUUUGGAGGAAAAAACAGUUUCCUGUUUACUGCUAACGUGGUGCAUCCAGAUUCCCUGGAGAUGCCUUUUGUCAUGUAUGUUUAUGGCUUCUUUUUGUUAGACUGUUCAUUUAUGGAUGAAAAACAUUUAAAUCUGUCAGCCUUCGUAAACAAACAGGGAUAUAAUUAGCACCCAUAUGGCCAUUGGAUUUAUUUUUAAACUUUACUCUGGGGAUGUCCUGUUCUGAUGUAUAAGCAUCUGUCAAAAAUGCCAGAUUGGUAUCUGAUUUUACAUUUCUUGCAAUUUCAUAUCAUACCUUUUAACAAGACACAGAUGAUACAUACAGCUGUUUGUAUUAGUAACAACUAAUACUUUGAUCUCGUGAUCAUAUUAAAAAUAAUCCUGGAGCAGGACAUCCUUAAAUUUUUUAGCCUGAUAGUUUAAACUUAGUUCAGGUGCACAAAAUAGCUGAAUACGCAGGUCCAGUGUGUCACAGGUUACUGUACUACAAUGCAAUUACAGUUUCCGUGUCCCUUUGUCUCUGACCAAAGAAAACUGUCAUGCUGGGUUUGGGCAGACAGAAGAUGACCAUCUUGUACAUUUUAAUUUAGGCCUUGGGCCAAGUUUUAAUGCUGGGUUCAUAUUCAUUAAUGAUCAAGUAUUUCCCCAACACCAGUCCCCCCCCCCUCCAGUUCACACAAUAAAGUGUUAAAAAGACCUUGCUGUUAUGUUGAAAAAUUCUGAGGUGGGACAGACUAGGUCAAGAUAACUGCUUUGAACAUAAAACCAUAUAUUUUAGAAUUCAUGUUUCAUGAAACGUUAAAAGCUGUAAACUUCGUAUUUUAAUUUGUGUUGCUUUUUUACCACGUUGCUUUAGACAUGCUGGCAACUGCUGAACAGGUGCAGUUUACACAUUUCAGUCUACAAAUUAUGAACUUAUUAGCAAGGUAACAAGUUAAAGUCCAGUGUGUAUCUGGUGAAGCAGUAAUGUAAAAACCUUAUUUUAGUAAUCAAGAAAAAAAUGCUUCCAAAACGGCUGGAAUUUUUAUCAUGGCCAUCACGCAAGACAUGAUUUAGACCUUUAGGGGGCAGGAUGCAAGUUUUCUAAAGCAGCUAGUCAUUUUUUGUUGUUGUUAUGAAAAUGAAUUUAUGCAUUUGUCCGGAUCAUGUGGCGCACACAGCCAAUCAUUUCUUUCAGAAAGUUUUAACAAAUUAAGACUUUAAAGUGUAAGUGUUUGAGAAUACUGUGCAUCAUAUCUGAAGAGAAAGCUCAAGUUUGAUUGUCUAAAUAUUGUUUUACUUCAGUAGUGUUGAUUUUCUGAUGCCUUGAUUUCACACCUUAGUGACCAGAGAAAGAGUACUCAUGGCUGUUGUGACGAAGUGAUUAUUUUAAAGUGACAUUAAACUGAAUGAAACAGAA